ACGGGGUCGGGCGCAGGCACCAAGACUACGAAACAAGAGAAACUAGCGUUGGGGGCAACUCAUCGUUUCUUCCGCCCGGAUUUUCCUCGAGCUCUCGAUCUGCUGCGCCCGCCUCCAUCCCGCCGCCAUGCCUACCACCGUCCCGCGCCAAAUCCUCACGAUUUUUCGGCGCGCCCCUAAUCCUCUUCGCGCCAACACCAGCUCGUGCUUCUCUCUAUCCAUCUCGUUGCCUCCUUUUUUCCCUAAUCACUUGUCUUCUCCAAUCUCUCUCGUGACAGCUAGAAUCAGCCAAAACCAUCCCCAAUCGCUCAUCCCUGAGAAAGUAGUUCUCCCUAGCCAUGCGCAAGCAUGAAUCUGACGGAAUCGAAGAUGCGUCGAUCCAAAUCCAAUCAGGCUGCCGGUGAAUCGACUGCCCUUGAUCCAGAUGCCGCUAGUGUUGUGGGAGCCGACGGUGCUCCAGAUUCUACUGUUGUUGCUUGUGGUGCUCUACGAGCUAGUGCUCUAGGCGCUGGCUUUCCUACCGUAGGUGCUCAUGCCGCCAGUGCAUGGUGGCAGGAAUCAUCUCCCGGUAGCUCGGAAUGAUGUAUCCACCAGGUGGUUUCCUAAAUUAUUUACAGAGUAAUAAGAUCUCUCCAUUUACCCAGACACAUCCAUUUGUGAACUAUCAUAAUGCAAGUCAGCUGCCAGAAAAUUUCCACUUUGUUGGUGCACCAAUGAGUUAUUCUACAAUGUCACCUACAACUCCAUGUUCUAAAGCGAUACCGUCACCAACUGGGAGGUGUGCUGCAGCACAAAUAGGUUCACAAGAUAAAGAAACAAUUGAUAUUGAGGACGAUGACACCAUCGAGCCUGCUAGAUCCGAUGCUAGGUCCGAGAAGCGAUUGAAUUGGUCAAAUGAAGAAGACAUUAGAUUGGCUAGUGCUUGGCUGCACAAUUCAAUUGACCCGAUCAAUGGAAAUGAUAAGAAGUCAUAUCAAUAUUGGUUAGAUGUUACUGCUACAUACAACAGUACCACUAAGAGUAACCGUAUGAGAAAUCGUAACCAGUUGAAGCAACGUUGGGAGCGCAUUAAGAAACCAGUCUCCGAAUUCAAUGGUUGCUAUGCAAGAAUCACUAAAAUACAUCAAAGUGGUAUGAGUGAAGACCAAAAGAUGGACCAAGCAUUCCAGCUAUAUGCCUCUGAACAUAAUGACAAGCCUUUCACAAUGGUGCAUGUAUGGAGGAUAUUACGGCAUGAGAAAAAGUGGUCUACAUAUUUGAAGAAAAUUAACAAGGAAAAGUACAAGAGUAUAACUUCUAACCCAACUCAUGUUGUGAAUGUCGAAGAUGCUCCAAAACUGCGUCCUAUUAGGCAUAAGAAGGCCAAAGAUGAACGCAGCGGAAAACGUCUGGCAUCAGAGGCUAUUUCUGUUAUUGACCAGAAACUAGAUAAAUUCAUUGAAGCAAGCAGCAAGGCUGAGAAGAUAGGAGAGGUACAACAAAGUUUGGCAAAUAAGAAGCUAGAAGUAGCCAACCUUAAUCAUAAAGCAGCUCAGGAACAAACAAAGAGUAAAAUGAUUGACCUUUACAAAGACUUACUGCUAGCUCCCACAAGUGAUCUUAGAGAAAGUUCAAUACUAUAGCCCACUACUAGCUCCAAUUCAUCUAUAGCCAAUCUAAUAGCUAAUUUAUACAAUGUUGCUUCCUAUAAUAUUAAUAUAUGGUCCCACCUGCCAUACACAUAUUGCAUCUUGGAGCCUGUGCUACAGCUGGCUACAAAUCUGUAGUCUGCUGCUCUUCUCUCUUAUUAUUUAUCUCAUUAAAAUAUAUUUAUAGCUGGCUAAUAGCCUGCUAUUGUACCUGCUCUUAGUGAAGAAGCUUUGGCUGAGAGAUCCAAAACAUUGGAGUGUAUGAGAUUGGCUUUGUUUGCUAAAGAUAAUUGAGGUAUGUUUUUAAUAUAUUGUUGGCAAACAAAUUGUGUUGUGAUAGUACCAUUCAAAUCUGAACAAGUGUUAAUUUUGUCAAUUGUGUGAACUCAUUUUAUUUUUCUAGUGCUUGUUUGAACACAAUUAAUUAUGUUAACUCAUUUUUUAUACUGCAUGUUGAACACAAUUAAUUUUGUGAACCUAUUUUCUUUUUAUACUACAACUGAAUACUAUCAAUUGUGUGAAUGCAUCCUCUUUUUGUACUGCAUUUGACCACUAUCUAUUGUGUGGACCCAUUUUAUUUUUCUAGUUCUUGUUUGAACACAACUAAUUAUGUGAACUCAUUUUUUUAUACUGCAUGUUGAACACAAUUAAUUUUGUGAACCCAUUUUCCUUUUAUACUACAACUGAAUACUAUCAAUUGUGUGAAUGCAUCUUCUUUUUAUACUGCAUCUGACCACUAUCUAUUGUGUGAACCCAUUUUUUCUACUGCAACUGAACACCAUUAAUUGUGUGAACCCAUUUGACUACCCUGACAUAUUUAUGUGUGUGUAUAUAUAUCCUCUAGCUCACACAUUCUCCCCCUCCUCUGCCUUCCACAUUCUUUCUUCCCUCUUUACUCUUCCAUCUUCUCUCAUCCUUAACACCAUGUCGAACCAAUCUGAUGGUGAUUCCCCUACACAUGAUGAUUCUCUUGAUGAGGUGAGCAGCAUAGAUCCAAUGGAUCUGUACCCAUUGGAUGAGAUCAGCAACAUAUUGGGUGAUCUUGCUGAUCAUGUGGUAGCCGAAUUGAAGUCCGAAGUUGAAGCUCUACAAGAUAUGAGACCUACUAGGCAGAGUGGUCCGAGGAGGUAUGUUGAUAGGCCUUAUGAAGAAUCUAAACAUGGGCUAUUGAAAGAUUACUUUGUACAGAAUCCAGUCUAUAAUGAUACAACCUUCCGGAGAAGAUUCAGGAUGAAAAAGCACCUCUUCUUACGCAUUGUUGAAGCCCUAGGCCAGUGGGAUAAAUAUUUCACACUGAGAAUGGAUGCUCUUAACCGCCCAGGGUUAUCUCCACUUAAGAAAUGCACAUCGGCUAUUUGCCAAUUGGGAAAUGGUAGCCCUGCAGAUCAGCUUGAUGAGUAUCUAAAUAUUGGAGAUAGUACUACAGUGGAGUGCUUGAAGAUGUUUGUGAAGGGUGUGAUUGAGGUAUUCGGUGCAGAGUAUUUGCGACGCCCCAUGGUGCAAGAUGUUGAACGCUUAGUGCAGAUUGGUGAGCGUCGUGGUUUCCCGGGCAUGUUAGGGAGCAUUGACUGCAUGCACUGGCAUUGGGAGAAAUGCCCUGUUGCAUGGAAGGAAAUGUAUACCCGUGGUAAUCAAGGUGUUCCUACGGUCAUUCUAGAAGCAGUAGCUUCACAUGAUCGUUGGAUAUGGCAUGCCUUUUUUGGUGUUGCUGGAUCCAACAAUGAUAUUAACGUCCUUAAUCAAUCACCAUUGUUCGUCCAGCAACUAAGAGGGGAAGGUCCUCAGGUGCAGUACCAUGUCAAUGGAAGGCAAUACAACACAGGUUAUUACCUUGCAGAUGGCAUAUACCCAGAAUGGGCUGUCUUUGUUAAGUCAAUACGUCAUCCACAAUCUGAAAAGCACAAGUUGUUUGCAAAACAUCAAGAAGGGAAAUGGAAGGAUGUUGAAUGUGCUUUUGGUAUUUUACAAUCUCGCUUUAGUAUUUUGAAACGACCUGCACGUCUAUAUGAUCAAGGGGAUCUUGAGAAUAUCAUGCUAGCUUGUAUUAUCCUUCACAACAUGGUAAUCGAAGAUGAGAAAGACAUCGAGCAGCUUCCUCUUGAUUUGAAUGAGACACCAAGCACAUUAACUGUAUAAGAAGCUACAAUCUCACAAGGACCUAACCCAGAGAUGGAAGAAGUGAUACAAAGAAAUGCUAUUAUUCGUGAUCGUAUUACUCAUAAGCAACUUCAAUCAGACUUGAUUGAGCAUAUCUAGCAAAACUUUAGGAAUUCAAACUAAUUAGAUCAAGUCCUGCUAUUUUGGUGCUGUUGUGCUGCUGGUGGAAAUGCUAUGGAUCAAGUUCGGUAUGCUGUCGAAGCGUGUGGCAGACUUAUGGUUACAUAUGUUUUUUUGGUUUGGUGUUGCAGUGCAUCUAGAAGAACUGCUCAUGUCAUAAGAGACUAAUUUGAGUCCAACUAUUUUGGCUGCCAGUUUGGGUCCUACCAUUUGGCUACCUAUAUGUUUUUUUUCCUUUUUAUUGUACUGAGAUGGAUGAACUUGAAAAUUCGCUACUACUUUAUGCUCAUAUAUGCACUGAUA